UUUUCUCCAUCGUACUAAAACGGCUGUUCAACGUCCAUUUCCACUUAUUCCAAGCCUCAUCUCCUCUUUCACAUUUCAAUACCAUCACAAUGCGGACUUGGAAGCAGUAUUUCAUCGCAACAAUCGUGAUCUGCUCUAUCUGGCCCGCCCUAGCAGCUGGCGAUGUCACAAACGAUUCUCAUCCUCAAGGUCCUCUGUAUGGCCCAAGUCUGCAAUGCAACAUCUACGCGACCCCAUACGCAGCGGAAAAGCUCUCUUCCGGUAAUGACACCUGAAUGGCAUCCUAAACAUAUAUGCAUCGCCGCCUAUGUCGAAGAUCCUUUGCAAUCUGGUCGCUGAUAUCCUUUGAAAGCGACUCAUUCUA